UUGAAUCCUGCAAAGAUUGCAAGAUGUUGUUACCGAACCCUCAAGACAAAGAAAUGUAAUUGAGGCUUGAUUAUUUACAGUUUAACCACAAACUUUUUAAUACAUAGCUGUAAAUAUAAAAGAAAACUCAAUGAAUACAACUUAAACCAAGAUAUUUUAAAAAGCAAAAUGUAAACAUAAAUCUGCCCUGCAUUGUUUUCUCUGCAAGUUCUCACAUCAGCAAACAUAAACGCAGAUACCAAUAUGGCUCCUAUCGGGCAAUUUUCAAUAUUGGUUGUGCUGUAGAUCGAUAGAUAAAAACAAAACUGUUGGAUUCAUUUGUCUAAUUUUGCUUUAAAAAUUAGAGAUGAUUAGUUCAUUACCAAAAUCUAUAAUUUAUAAAAGUAGAUUUAAAAGUAAUUACAUCAGAAUAGCGUUGAAACAUGUAUUUGAUUUGUUAUUUUCUAAUCAAUUUAUUAACAAUCAACUAUAGUUAUAAGCAAAUGUACAUCGUAUUUCACUCUUUUACAUUAUAGCAGCCUACAUCAGCUGCUCUUAAUGAUUAAUGAGUUUUGAUUAGUGAUCAUGAUCCUGGUUUUAAAGCGACUUUAAAAUAGAGGAUCCUCAGUGAGUAGGAGCAAUAUAUAUAUAAACUUUGUAGUUUAUACAGUCUACGGUAGUAGCAUAGACUGUAUACAUAGGAGCCAUGUACAGUCAUGUGACCGUUAGUAACCUCUCCGGAACUCUCGCGAUACUACGAGGCGGAAGCUGCAUCUCCUCGUCCACCGGAGCCGCUGACGUUGAGCAGCGACGCUUUGGAAAGAUACGAGGGGAGCGGACUGUUUGUUUUCAUUAGAAAAUCGGCGCUAAACGGAAGCUGCCUCCCGUUCGUCUCCAUUUCCUCUCCUUCUUCACACUCUCCAGUGUCCGCGGGAAGUGUUUUCAUGCGGUGCGGCUCUCGGCGUGUGCGUGAACACUUCGCAUCGGUUGGUCCGGAGGGUCAUCGUCCGCGACGAGACGCCCUCUGCUCCGUUAGCGGCGACGGGUUUGGGGAAAAUGACCGGGGAGAAGGUCCGCUCCCUGCGCAAGGACCAGAGGCCGAGCAAGGACGAGGACCUCCUGGAGCCGGACGAGGAGGCUGCCACCGGGACCUUCGCCGCCUCCAAGACCAGCAGCAAGAGCCGAGCGAGUAAAAUCUUCAGCAAUCACAAGUUGGUCAAGUCGUCGUCCACGCAGCAGCAGCAGCAGCAGCAGAACCAGCAGGUUAACGACAACACCAACGCGCUGUCCACGUCGGAUGUCAUCGAUGACAACAACAAGAACCCCAUCCUCCGAACCGGCCACGACUUCCCGGUGCACGAGUGCGUGUUUAAGGGAGAUGUCCGCCGCCUGUCCUCGCUCAUCCGGACGCAGAACAUCGCGCAGAAAGACGUGCACGGAAACACUCCGCUGCAUCUCGCUGUCAUGAUGGGCAACAAAGAGUGUGCACACCUGCUGCUGGCCCACAAUGCACCAGUGAAGGUGAAGAACGCUCAGGGAUGGAGUCCCCUUGCAGAAGCCAUCAGCUACGGAGACCGGCAGAUGAUCACGGCGCUGCUGAGGAAGCUGAAGCAACAGUCCAGAGAGAGUGUGGAGGACAAGAGGCCCAAGCUGCUGAAAGCCUUGAAAGAGCUUGGUGACUUUUACUUGGAGCUUCACUGGGACUUCCAAAGUUGGGUGCCUUUGCUCUCCAGAAUCCUGCCUUCAGACGCCUGUAAGAUCUACAAGCAGGGCAUCAACAUCAGACUGGACACCACCCUGAUAGACUUCACAGACAUGAAGUGCCAGCGCGGUGACCUUAGCUUCAUCUUCAAUGGAAACGCCAUCCCCUCCGAGUCUUUUGUCGUGCUGGACAACGAACAGAAGGUUUACCAGCGGAUACACCACGAGGAGUCAGAGAUGGAGACGGAGGAGGAAGUUGACAUCCUGAUGAGCAGCGACGUUUACUCUGCCACGCUCUCCACCAAGUCCAUCACUUUCUCAAGGGCGCAGACUGGCUGGCUGUUCAGAGAAGACAAGACGGAGCGCGUGGGAAAUUUCCUGGCAGAUUUCUACUCUGUGAACGGCCUGGUCCUCGAGUCCAGGAAGAGACGGGAGCAUCUGAGCGAGGAGGACAUCUUGAGGAACAAAGCCAUCAUGGAGAGCCUGAGCAAAGGAGGGAACCUCAUAGAGCAGAACUUUGAGCGUAACCACCAGUCCAGUCCUGAAACUGUCCUGUCCCGCUGGAACCUUGGGCCCGUGAGGAGACAAUCUCUAACCCCCCCAUCACCCAACACUAUAUCCUGGGAAGAAUACAUCAGUUCUGACAAUGGAAGAGCUCCUCAUCUGGGACGAGAGCUGACCUGCAAAGAGAGCAAGAAAAACUUCAAAGCAACCAUCGCCAUGAGCCAAGACUUCCCUCUGGGCAUCGAAUCGUUGUUAAAUGUUCUGGAGGUGAUUGCUCCCUUCAAGCACUUUAAUAAACUCAGGGAGUUUGUGCAGAUGAAGCUCCCCCCUGGUUUUCCUGUUAAACUCGACAUCCCCGUCUUUCCCACCAUCACGGCCACGGUGACGUUCCAGGAGUUUCGCUACGACGAGUUUGAGGCGACCAUCUUUACCAUUCCCAACGAGUAUAAAGAAGACCCCAGCCGCUUCCCUGACCUUUAACCUCUCCAUGCCGGGCAAGGAAACAAACGUGCAACCGGGCAACAUUCUGCUACAAGACAUGCUUUUAUAAAAAUACAAAAGGAGAAACUGAGGGAAAAACAAACGGCGGUUAUCGCUUCUUGACAGUUUAUAGAUCUCAUCGGACGUCCUGACUCUGAUUACAAACCAACGAGCAGAGUUUGAUGCAGACGACGGCGCUGACAGAGACGUCAGCACCUGAUGAGAGUGAGCGUCUCAUCAGUGAAAGGGCAUUGAAGUAGAGAUGAGUGAGAGCAGAGCAGUUGAGUUUCCUGGUCACGGGGGCCGUAAGUAGCAGACGAGAGAAGACGACCAGCUCAGCUGAUUUGCCGUAGUUCCGUCUGUAAGUGAUGUUUAUAAAGCGAAUGUGUUUAACUGACCUGUAGUGAAGCACUGAUGUUACUGUGUGACACGUCGAGGAGGAGUUUCACUAAAAACCUGUUUUUUAAGCUUCUUUUCCUACUGAAGUAAAAAAAAGAAAACUCUCAAGGUGCAAAGUCAUUUUAACUUUGUGAUAUUCGAUGUAAAGGUCAACAACAUAAAAUUGUACAUAGUCUAAUCCAGAUGUUUCAGGCAGAUGUGGAGGGGAAUGGAAUUAUCUUCUUUUCAUUUUUUAACUCUCUUCUUGAACAUCAUCAAAAGUUUUCCCAAAGAUGAACACUAAAAUAUUUAAGAUUUAAGAUUCACAAAAUUGAAAGUCUGUUCAAGUCGAUCUUUUACUUUUGUAGGUUAAAGAAUUUUAAAACAUCUUCUUUUUCUACAGUUCCACUUUAACCCUGCACAUUAUAAAGUUGUGAGUGAGUGUGUGUGUGUGUGUGUGUAACGAUGAUUUUCAUGGGCAUGAAGCACCACCACUGAGCUCCUGGGCACUAUUUAGAUCCACUACAGCGACUGUGCGUUCAGGUGAGUUCACUUUGUGACGCUCAACGCUGCGUUGGUUGUCAAGGCGACGUUAGACAAUGCUGCAGAAUUUGUUUGUUAAUGGUACCACAGAUGUGUUUUUUUUCCUCUGUCUGAGCAGCGGCGAGCGAAAGUUAGAAUGUCGGGUGUUUUGUUUCUGACUUCACCUUUUUUGUAAACUAUGUAACAAAGUGUACAACGGACGGUCAUUGUACAGACGUUAGAUGUUAGGGAAUGAAUGACAAAAACAUUCACGACAUUUUUACACUUAAACCAGAACCAGGAUUUUUCCUCCUGCACAAUAAGUAAAUACACGUUUUAUUGCUUUUGUCUUUUUAUGUUUUCUCAUUACUCGUGCUGUCUAAGACCAGAGGGAGUGUUGUGGAAUUUCUUUCAUGUAGCGUCUCACAGGUCCAUUUAUUUGGUUUGUAAACAUGGUGGCAGUUGCUAUUUUUGUACAUAUUUGUGUUGUUUUAAAGGAAAAAAAUGAAACUUUCAUUUCUCCUGUCAUUUAUUUCCCCCAUGAUAAAUUGUACGAGCCUCCUUCAGAUGUGUGGAACCAAAACUCCCCUCCACCACGUGUAAAGCACAAAGCACCGAGUUUCUUAGAGAAGUGAGUGUGAAAGGCUGCGAGGCGUUCACUGGGGGAAACCACCAUGAGGUCUGUACCGGUGCUGCUAUGGUUCAUGAGCUCUUAAUGAAACUGAGACAAACAGAUGCUGGAGGAUGUUCUUCUUGUUCUCUGGUUUUUCAGCACCAACAUUAAAAGAACAUGCUUAUUUAUAUCCAUAUUCAGUGCAGCCAAAACUGUUGUAAAGGUCUACAACACUAUUUUCAUAUAAAAUGUACUAAAAUAAAAAUUCCACAUAUCUAACUGAA